AUGCUACACAUAAACACAUACUCAACCAAAAUUCUAAAGCAUACCAAAAAGUGUAUAUCAAUAUCAACGUACAAAAUGUCAUCCAAACAUCUAACACUCGGUUCUGAGUUUCCUCCAAAAACUGAAGGUCUUUUAAGACUGUAUUCCAUGAAAUUUUGUCCCUUUGCUCAAAGGGCUAGAUUGGUUUUAAAUGCAAAAAAUAUUCCACAUGAAAUUAUAAAUAUUAAUUUGAGACAAAAACCUGAAUGGUAUACUAAAAUUAAUGAAAAAGGUUUGGUGCCUUGUUUGGUUGAUGGAGCAAAAAUAAUUUCAGAAAGUCUUGAUAUUGCUGAGUAUCUAAAUGAUAAAUAUCCUGAGCCUGCCUUAUAUCCUACUGAUCCUGACGCUAAGAAAAGAGAUCAAGAAUUAAUCCAAAAGGCGGAACCAGCACGAGGUCUUUUCUUUAAACUUAUGUUAUCUAAAGAUGACAAUACAACUCCUGAAGAAUGGGCUAAAUUGUUAGUAGACUCUCUUCAAGAUUUGGAAAACGAACUUGGCCAAAGAGGGACUCCAUUUUUUGGAGGUGAAAAACCUGGAAUGGUUGACUACAUGAUUUGGCCCUAUGCUGAACGAUCGGGAUGCAUAACUUGCAAACUUGGCAGAAAACUUCCACUCAAAGAUACUGACGUACCUCUUCUACGAAAAUGGAGGAAAUCGAUGCUCCAGCAUCCCGUCUGCAAAGGACUUUACAUCGAUGGCGAAAGAUUUUGGAAAAUAUUGCGACCCUGGAAAAUUACCAAUGAAAUGCCUCUGUUUGAUGAGGUAUAG